GGGGCAAGGUUGGAGAUGGUGUAGGGGCACUAUUUUGGGCUUUUCUCGAAAUAAAAGUAUUGUCCAACUAUAUAAGCCAUUUUAAUUUUUACACUAAAUUCUCUCAAUCAAACUUACCUCUCUUCAACUACAAUGGGUGCUUCUGUAAUCCCUGUUCUUCCUGUAGAACUCAUCACGGAGAUCCUCUUAAAGCUGCGUCCAAAACCCUUGUUUAAAUUCAAGUGCGUUUCAAAGUCAUGGCUUCAACUAAUCUCUAGCCCUUAUUUUGUGAAAACCCAUAUGAAAUUAGCAGCUAAUGACAAAGCAUUCAGCAGCCAUAGGGUUAUAUUUGAACACUUCAAAAGCAAAUUCAAGGAGGCAUUUAUAUGGAAUCCAACAAUUAGGAAGUCCAAGAAAUUGCGUAAGUUAGAUGUUCAAAUGAGGCCUGGCUCCUCUUAUUACAGACAUGGUUUUGGAUAUGAUGAGUUACAUGACGAUUAUAAAGUAGUAAUUAUUUGCGGUACUUCUGAUGAUGGUGGUUCAUUUGGUACUGUGGUCAACAUUUACAGUUUGAGGACUGAUUCUUGGAGAAGAGUCAAUAACUUUCCGGGUUACUUUCCGAGAGAUUAUUUAGGCAAAUAUGUCAAUGGGAAGAUUUAUUGGGCUUCAACUGCUGAUGUUGAUGAGCUCAAUGUUUGCAACCUCAUAACUCUUGAUUUAACAGAUGAGACAUGGGGCAAGUUGGAGCUUCCUAAUUAUGGAGAAGCCAAUUCUCGUUUGAUGCUGGGAGGGAUGGGAAGUGAUCUUGCGUUGCUUUGUAUUUGUCGUGAAGGAACUACUUCUGAUGUGUGGAUGAUGAAGGAUUGUGGAGUUAAUGCAUCUUGGACAAAGAUGUUCACCAUCAAAUAUCCUCAAUAUAUUGGGGAAUAUAUGUUCACUUCAUCCAUUUUUUCUUUCUCUACAUAUUUUUGCCAGCCAAAUAAUGGGGAAAUCUCACUAUUGCUUCCCCCAACAAUCAUGAUAUAAAACCCAAAGGAUGGUUCCACCAGAAAAGUGGAAGUCACUGGACUUAGGGGAUGUCAACAUGCAGAAAUCUGUGUAGAAACCCUUGUUGAUCCUGUUGAGUUGUCCCACAUCGGAGGGAUUUGAGGUCCUUGGUCUUCUUCUAUGGUCUUGGGCAAUCCUCACCUCAUAAGCUAGCCUUUGGAGUUGAGUUAGGCCCAAAGUCCAUUUAUCAGAUCCCCUGUUGAUAGCUGACCAGGGACGUCGUAAUCAUGAAAUCUCACAAUCAUGUAGCUGAUAACUUAUAAGAGUUCUGCUUUAUCCUAGCUGCUAUGCUCUUUGCACUUUUUUUCAAAUCAAGUAUAGAACAAGACUUCGAAUUGGUGUGAAUCCAUAUAUCAUAUUGUAUAGCUUGCAGUUCUUGUAAACAUUUAUCCUUUUUAUUCUGUGGCUAUUUCAUGAAACAAAAAUGUUAUUAGGUGACGGUAUAUUGUUCCAAUGUAAGAUAGAGGAUAUAGAUAAAAAUUGUUGUCUUGAACAACAUUUUAAAGGCAUGUUUUGCUCUAGGCAGAGUGGACACAAGAUGAUUGAGGCCUUUGCGUGAAUCAUUGGAUUAUUAGUGCUAGGUUCUGAAAUAAUAUCUGGUUUUGGUA